AUGGUCUCAACUCGCAGCCAAUACUCCACAACCUUCCCGCCGUCCCAACUCUCCCCGUCUUCACACUCCAGCGACUCACCCUCCACUCCCGAUCGCGCCCCUACAUCCUCCGCCUCUCCUCCCUCAAAACCGAAAGCAUGGGCCCACACCCCCGACCACCUAAUCCUCGCCUGGCUCCUCGUCUCCCUCCCGCUCGUGCUCUGGGACACCCUCUACGUCUUCCUACGGCCCCAUUCGAUGCCCGGCGGCUUCCUGCACUCGCCCCUCUGGGUGCCCUACGCGCUGUACGGCACUGUAGACCACGUGUACGGGUCCCGGGCCUGGGAAGCGCAUAACGGGUUCACGGCGGCGCAGAGCGCGCUGAAUGCGGUGGAGACGGUGGCGUAUGCGACGUAUUUAUGGUGGGUGUGGAGAUUUGGGAGGGAUGGGGAGGGGCGGGUGGGCAAGAGGGGCCCAGGGAUGCCGAGAAAGGAUGGCACGGUGGGAAGGGAGGUGAUGGCGGCGGGGAAAAGAGUUGUGAAGGGGAGGUGGGCAGGUAGGGCGGUGCUGGUGGGGUUUGCAGCGAGUAUUAUGACGGUUAGCAAGACGGUGUUGUAUUAUGAGUCUCGCGGCCUUGGUCUCUUUGUCGUUGUUAGAGGGCCGGUUGGAGAAGGACGGGGAGGCCUGGGACAGGAUAGGGUGUUCUCCGCUUUGGAUAUCAAGUUGCUGACGCAGAUCUUAGGGCUGAACGAAUACUACUCCGGGUUCGAAAGCAUCGGAAAUAACGAUACUUUUUCCCUCGUCUUCCUCUGGAUCGUUCCCAAGUAA